AUGGUUUCAAAACUCACUCAUCUUCAGGUGGAGCUGCUGGGGGCUCUCCUGGAAUCUGGGCUGAGCAAGGAGACACUGAUCAAAGCCCUGAUGGAAUCGGACCCCUACCCACAGCAUGGCGACAGCCAGCAGCGCACUGCCAGCACAAUCCAAGUCGAGAAGAGAGAACCCUGCACAGAACUCACGGCUCUUGCCAAUGGGAUGGGGGAGUCCAGGAUGUCCGAAGAAGAGACCUCUGACGAUGGAGAAGACUUCACUCCGCCAAUAAUGAAGGAGCUGGAAAACCUAAGCCCAGAAGAGGCUGCACACCAGAAAGCCGUGGUGGAAAGACUCUUACAAGAGGAUCCCUGGAGGGUAGCCAAGAUGGUGAAAUCCUACCUACAACAGCACAAUAUUCCCCAGCGGGAGGUGGUAGACACCACAGGCUUGAAUCAAUCCCACCUCUCCCAGCAUCUCAACAAGGGCACACCCAUGAAAACUCAGAAGAGGGCUGCCCUCUACACCUGGUACGUCCGCAAGCAGCGAGAGGUGGCUCAGCAAUUCACCCACGCUGGCCAGGGCAUUAUGGUGGAAGACGCGAUGGGAGAGGACCUGCCAACGAAGAAAGGCAGACGCAAUCGCUUCAAGUGGGGCCCAGCUUCACAGCAAAUCCUCUUCCAAGCCUAUGAGAGGCAGAAGAAUCCCAGCAAGGAGGAACGGGAAGCCUUAGUGGAGGAGUGCAACAGGGCAGAGUGCAUCCAACGCGGUGUCUCCCCUUCCCAGGCCCAGGGUCUGGGCUCGAACCUGGUGACUGAGGUGAGAGUUUACAACUGGUUUGCCAACCGCCGGAAGGAGGAGGCUUUCCGGCACAAGCUCGCCAUGGACAGCUACAGUGGGCCGCAGCCCGGAUCUGUGCCCACCUUGGGCUCUUCCUCGCUCCAGUCAGCAACGCCCCUCUCACCAAACAAGGUCCAUGAACAAUCCCCUUUGCAGCAGCAGCAACAGCAGCAGCAGCAACAACAACAACAACUCUCCUUCUCCGACUCCGGCAUGAGGUACAACCAGCAGCCCGUCAGUGAGACAGAUUCCUCAGACGGCAACCAGCACGGGGGAAGCAAUUCCAUUGUGACCACCCAGACUAUCUUGCACCAUGCUUCUUCCCCUGGCCUGUGCUCAGUUAGUUCUGCAGGAGAUGCAAAGCUGAUCUCUGCUCCGGGGGGCUCUCUCCCCCCAGUUAGCACCCUGACAGCCCUGCACAGCCUAGAGCAGAACCACACCCUGAGCCAGCAAACCCAGAACCUCAUCAUGGCAUCACUCCCAGGCGUCAUGGCAAUCGGGCCGGGAGACACAUCUUCGCUCACACCAGCCUUCACCAAUACGGGGGCAUCCACUCUGGUCAUCGGCUUGGCCUCCACCCAGCCCCAGAGUGUCCCAGUGAUCAACAACAUGGGCAGCAGCCUCACCACUCUGCAGCCAGUCCAGUUCUCCCAGCAGCUGCACCCAUCGUACCAGCAGCCAAUCAUGCAACAGGUCCAGGGCCAUCUCAACCAGAGCCCUUUCAUGGCCACCAUGGCCCAGAUCCAGGCACCUCACGCUCUCUACGGCCACAAACCAGAGAUGGCUCAGUACGCCCACACUGGGCUGCUGCCGCAGACCAUGGUGAUCACAGACACAGCCAACCUCAGCGCCUUGGCCAGCCUGACGCCAACCAAGCAGGUGUUCACAUCAGACUCUGAGGCACACACAGAGUCUGGGAUCCACACGCCCCCCGUGCAGGCUUCCACCAUACACUUACAGAACCAGGAUGCCACCAUCCAGCACCUCCAGCCCAGCCAUCGACUAACCUCUAGCCCUGCUGUCUCCUCCAGUAGCCUGGUGCUCUACCAGAGCUCCGACUCCUCCAACAGCCACAGCCACUUGCUGCCGUCCACUCAUGGUGUGAUAGAGACUUUUAUCUCCACCCAGAUGGCCUCUUCCACUCAGUAGCCUGAUGACCACUCAAGGACCCAAAGUGCAGAGAAGCCUCAUUUGCAGCUGCCACCACCCGCUGAUGUCUGCCUGCCUGCCUGCCUAGAAUGGAGGGGGCAGCCAGCCAGAGGGCCUUUUUUCUCCUCCAGGACGUUGUGCGCACACACACCCUCGUUCCAUACCCCAAACCCUCCUCAAGAGGUGAAAAUAUGCGCACAAGAAAUGGAAUGGACUCCCUUCGAAUGUGGUGGGCUCUCCUUCGUUGGAGGUUGAAUG